AUGCAGUUCGUGUCUUCGCGAACCCUCUUCCCCCGGCGCGCCGUGUCCUCCGUCGCCGAGCUUCCGGCGCGGGCGCAUCGGGUGAUCUCCGGUCUGGUCGCGAAUUUCUCUUCUUCUAAUGCAAUCUCUGGGUCCAGCUCCGUUCAAAUUACUCCCAGGUGUCAACAGCACGGCGAGGAGUCUCGGGGAGUUAGGGUUUCGGUGUGGUGGGAUUUCGAGAACUGCUCUUUGCCGGCGGGUUCGAACGUCUUCAAGGUGUCUCAGACCAUAACGGACUCCGUUAGAAUGAACGGAAUCAAAGGACCCAUCACGAUCACAGCCUUCGGAGACGUAUUGCAGCUCUCGAGAACGAACCAGGAGGCUCUCUCCGCAACCGGAAUCACUCUCACUCAUGUUCCUCAAGGUGGGAAGAACAGUACGGAUAGAUCUCUGAUUACGGAUCUAAUGUGUUGGGUUGCUCAAAACCCACCUCCCGCUCAUCUCUUCCUCAUCUCCAGCGACAGAGAUUUCGCCAGCGUCUUGCACAGAUUCAGGAUGUGCAACUACAACAUUUUGCUCGCCGGAUACGAAGAAAAGACGCCAGGUGUGUUGUGCAGCGCUGCUUCCAUAAUGUGGGAUUGGAAUGCUUUAGUUAGAGGGCAGAAAUCCACCGGUAAAGUCUUUAACCAGCCACCGGAUGGUCCUUUUGAUUCUUGGUACGGUCACUACGCAACUCCUCUUCUCGACCCAUUUGCCACCACCUCCAAGCUACAGUGUACCGAGGAACUGCAGGAUUCGGCUUCUUCUAAGGUUUGUCGUCAUAUCCCGAGAGAAGUUGUGAAGCAGAUUGGUUUGGUUCUGAGUUUGUAUCCUAAGGGCACAGCCAUUACAAAGCUGCGUGAGCAGCUGAGCAAGAGAAAUGUAGCGUUAGAUAGAAACUUUUACGGACACAAGAGUUUCUCGAGGCUUCUGUUGUCUAUGCCCAAGAUCUUACAGGUUGUUCCACAGGGAGAAGGUCUGUUUCUUGUUCGUGCUUGUACCAAGGAAACGGAUAACAAAGCCUCAUCGCCGGAACUAAGCAGCGAGAAUCCCAAGAUGCAUCAGAGUGUGGAAGAUGUCGAAAAGGAAUCUCAGUCACCAGAGAGUUCUCAAGAGUCUGUUCCGGUAAUUAUCCAGGUGGAUGUUGAGGCAAAAGACGAACCCGUGGAAGAAGAUCAGCUAGCUUUAACUGCCGGAAAUGAAGCUUCCUCUUCCGGGGAAAAAGUCGGGUUUCUUAGGAGUCUAAAUAGACUCUGGGUUGGUUCAGAUGCGAUGGCAUUAGAUCAUCUCCAAGAAGAGAAACGUAUUUCUGGAAAUGGAGACGUUGUUAGUGAAGGAAAAGUGGUGGAUAAAGACUUAGAACCUCGAAUAGCAUCUUCCACCUCUAGUGAAUCUGCUAAGGAGGUAAAAGCAGACACUGAAGUAGAAAACGUGAAAUCUAAGAGUCCAGGGCUUUUAAGUCGACUUCUGAAUAGAUUUAACUUUUAUGGGGGAAGAAACACAGAGCUUGGCGGCAAUGCAGCAGCAAAUGGAUCUCAAGUUGAUGACAUGUUUGCAAAAGAUUCUUUUUGGAAGGACGUUGAAUCUUUCAUUAAUUCCCCAAGAGGCUUCGUCCUUGUUUCUCACUCAAACUCAAGAGAAGCGUUGGCUAAGAAUCUUAAGGAGGAAGGACCUUCAUCUUUUAAACCGCUUGAUGAAUCCAAAAUGCUUGAUAUAGUAGCUCUGUUAGUAACAGAGAAGAAAUGGAUCAAAGAGAACCCUUGUGAUGCUCUACCUUUCAGAGUAACUCGGUUCACCGAAAAGGGAUCUGUUCUUGGAUUGAGAUCGAUAUUUGUGGAUCUGUCGAAAUCGCAGUGUGUCGAAGCAGAUGAUGAGGAGAAGAAAUCCAAGGACGUUGGUAUGAGCCAGAAACCGUUGGAGAGAUCAAGAAGCGAGGUAAUUGCAGAUUGUCAUAAGCUGAUAAAGAAGAUAACAGAGGAAAACCCUGGAGGUUAUAACAUGAGUAACUUGAAGAAAGACUUUCUGGAAAGUUUCGGGUACCGCUUAGAUUAUCAUAGCCUCGGUUACCCGAAACUGCAGUCUUUGAUACAAAUAAUGCCCGAGGCGAGGAUUGAAUCAGGACACAUUGUUCCUUCGUCGACGCCGGUUCCAUAUGGAUCUGACUCGUCAUUUGAAGAACUUGGUCCAGUUUCCAAAGAGAUUCAUGAGUAUGAGCAAUCUGUUUCAGAGGAUGAAGAUUCUGACUCGGGGACGCAGGAAGAAGCUCCUUCAAAACAGAGCGGCAACGAGAGGAAGAAGAAGAAGAAGAAAGGGGGUGAAACAGAGAGCGAUCUACUUGAAAUUCUGGGUUUUUUGGACCCUGUUAAAGAUGUUAACAAGACUUGUGCUUUUGAUGAAGAUAAGUUUGCUGAUGGAGUAUUGACAAGCUUGAGGAACAAACCACCAUCAGGUGAGACUAGAGUUCAAGGAUGA